CGUAAUUUUAGGUUAACCCUUCGUAUGAGAACACGUAUGUCAAAAUUUAAAAGUUUUGGUUAAUUUCAAGUUAAAUUAAUCACAAAAUCGUAAUUAUUAAAUUGAAUAGUUAAAAAUAAUGAACAGCAUCGGGGAAGCAUGUAACGACUUGAAAAAGGAAUAUGAUGCUUGUUUUAAUACUUGGUUUUCAGAACAUUUUUUAAAAGGAAACACAAAUGACUCGAUGUGUGCCCCAAUGUUUAAAGUCUAUCAACAGUGUGUAAAAAAAGCUAUGAAAGAACAUAACAUAGAUUUCCAUGAGGUAGAGAAAGACCUUCUAGGAACUAACCAAGAAAGAAAACCACCAGAGAAUAGCAAAUGAUAAACAAGAGCAACUUCACCAAAAAGCACCAAAGACAUAGUGGCAAAUUAAACAGUUUAUGGACGUGAUAUCCAUAUACUUAUGCAGUGGUCUCAUCAUUUACUGUGCAACUAAAUUAGGUGUUUAGUGAUUUGCACAAUGUGCAUUUAGACAACUCUGUGUACCUAAAAGUUUAUAUUUUUGUUAUGUUUGGUGACACACAAAUCACAAUUUUAAUAAAUUAUUUUCAAAAAUU